AUGGACAAAGUCCCAAGCUCAUCGUACGGCUUCACUGCCGGAGCCUCUUAUCGAAAUGGUGGUAAUGGAGCUACUGGAAACAUGGUUUUUGGCGGAUACGACCAAUCGCGGCUAGUAAUGACCAAGGGUGUGUCCAUUCCUAUGCCCAACAAGCAGAACAACACACUGCUGGUUGGUGUGAAUUCCAUCAUCUACACACCGCAGCAAAAUGUAGAACCACGCCCUGAAUCGUUCACGAGCACCACAGGAGACGGCUUCCUAGCCGCUAUCGAUUCUACUCUGCCAUAUCUGGUGCUUCCCGACGAAAUCUGCGACAGGUUUGUGAAGAGCUUCGACCUCGGUUUCGACAGUACCACUGGGUUAUAUACCAUCGACAGUGCAGCCCACGAACGCAACAAACAACAAAAUGCUACUGUUACCUUUGUAGUCAGCGCGCAGGCGAAAAAUUCCGCCAGUACAUCCACAAUCGUAUUUCCGUACGAUGCGUUCCAUCUUCAAGCCAGCGAUCCUAUCUACGCAAACACGACGGACUAUUUUCCAAUCAGGAAAUCCGACAACGGUCGUUACAUACUUGGACGUACUUUCCUGCAAGAGGCAUACAUCAUUGUCGACUACGAACGAGGCAAUUUUACUGUCGCACCAACCGUCUUUUCUAAUCCUCUGCCUCGCGAAAACCUCGUCGCAAUCUACAACACAUCUUACGUCCCGCCACAGCGAGCGUCAGACUCUGGGGGCGAUGGACUUGCGGCAGGAGCUAUAGCUGGUAUUGUCAUUGGCAUCGUCGCUGCGUUUCUCAUUCUGGGAGGUGCUGCAUUUCUCUACUUCAAGAAACGUCGCAAUUCGAAGGUUACUUCCAACGAUCAGGAAGGGAAACCUACCGGCAUCGACACGAUCGGUGCUAGUGGCGAAAUGAAGCACCGCCGUGUGUCAGAACUCACAGGCUCCGAGGCUCAGAGCCCGCCACAAUUCAAGGUUGCUGGUUUUUAUGGCGGUGAUCAUAAGUCGAUACCCGAGUUGCCUCCUGACAGUCCUCCUGCCGAGCUUUACAGCCCACCACUAGAUGGCACGAACGAACCGGAUUACUUCACUGGUCCCAAACCACGGAGACGCGGUGCAACACGCGACUCCUCUAUCACCGGGACGCCCAAUGCAACAGUCGCAGAACUGGCAGGAGACGAAGGUAUGACCGCAACGAGCCGUCCCAAGCAUAGUCGAGGCCCUAGUGAUAAUUCGCUAUCCACCAACAUCGACGAAGUGCUUGCUGGAAAAGAACAGGACUCGGGGAAAGUCCAGCGGAAACAUUCGAGCAGAUUCGUGGAACAUACCGGCGACAAUGAUGUGCCUCCAAGAGCCGAAAUGGUCGUUAGCCCGGUAGAAAACACGCGGCUCGAUGAGACUGGCGGUGUUGCAGAACGUUCUGCUGAGCGCCGCCCCUCUCACACAAGAGGCCUGAGCGAUUCGACCGUGGCAAGCGAUAAUACGGUGGUGUCCCAACCCACACCAGAAGAGCUAGAGAACUGGGCUAAGAGCGAUGACGCGCCAAAGCGAUCUUGA